AUGAAGAGACGCGCAGAAGAGCCAGAGCCCAUUUUUGUGCAACAGCAACCUCGUCGUCCCCUAGUUCAAGGUGCUGGAGAAGUCUUUCAGCCAAGGGCCCUUGUCACGGCCCCGCCUGUGGUUGAGGCCCCUGCCGACACCAUGCAGCCCUCAACUGGCAUCCAGUACUCCCUCCCUCAGGCCUACCAGGUACCUACUAUGCCUCAAAGCACAAGUGGACUUGGACACAACAGUACCACUCCUCAUAUUGGCCCUCAUGCACAAAGCCCAGCUGUACUGUCGCAGGGACCGGCAGCGGUUCCAGCUCACGUUCAUCCACCUACACCCUUAUCUUCAGUGCAAGGACAACAGCAGCAGUUUCAGAGAUUAAAGGUUGAAGAUGCCCUGUCUUAUCUGGAUCAAGUGAAACUGCAGUUUGGGAAUCAGCCUCAAGUUUAUAAUGAUUUUCUCGACAUUAUGAAAGAAUUUAAAUCCCAAAGCAUAGACACUCCUGGAGUCAUCAACCGUGUAUCUCAGCUCUUUAAGGGCCACCCAGACCUGAUUAUGGGGUUUAACACUUUCCUGCCUCCUGGUUAUAAGAUCGAGGUUCAAACCAACGAUCAGGUCAAUGUAACAACACCGGGUCAGAUACACUACAUAACUCCUCAAGGCAUUUCUGUACAAAACAUCACAGCAGCUGGAGCAUCCAGCACACCAUCUAACCAGCACCAGAGUCUCCCACAGACCAACCUGCAUACCACCACCACCCCUACAAUCGCCACUCAGCCUGCUUUAAACAAAGCCAGCAAGCUUAUUCAGUCUCCAGCCCACACCCCCACCAGCCAGCCAAAUCCAUCCAUCCCAUCGUAUGCCUCACCAGGUUCUCCUUCGGUCCAGCCACACACUGCCAUCAGCAGCACACCAUCCAGCGGACCGCCUCUCCAGAAUAACCAGCCAGUGGAGUUUAACCACGCCAUCAAUUAUGUCAACAAGAUCAAGAACCGCUUCCAGGGCCAGCCAGAUAUCUACAAAGCCUUCCUGGAAAUCCUGCACACGUACCAGAAAGAACAGCGAAAUGCUAAAGAGGCUGGUGGUAACUACACGCCAGCUCUGACUGAACAGGAAGUCUACACUCAAGUGGCCAGACUUUUUAAGAACCAGGAGGACCUGCUGUCAGAGUUUGGACAGUUCCUGCCAGAUGCUAACAGCUCAGUGCUGCUGGGGAAGAGUCCACCUGACAGAGCAGAGUCGGUCCGUAAUGAUCACGGUCCCACAGUAAAGAGACCCUCACUGAACAACAAACAAAGAAUAAAUCCGAAUGGUCUGCCAAUCAGGAGACCUGGUGGGGUUGGAUCCACACCUCCUUUCAAGAAAAAGGCGCUUGUCAUCGGGAAGAGCCACAGCAUGGCUGAAGUCAGUAAACUCAGCACAAGCACUGAAACUAUGUUCUUUGAGAAGGUUAAAAAGGCUCUGCGCAGCUCGGAGUCCUAUGACAACUUCCUCCGAUGUCUGCACAUUUUCAAUCAGGAAGUGAUUUCUCGCACUGAGCUGGUCCAGUUAGUUAUCCCAUUUCUUGGAAAAUUCCCUGAGCUUUUUACUUGGUUUAAGAACUUCUUGGGCUACAGAGAGUCUAGUCAUGGGGAGUUGAGUCAUGUGGAGAGUUUACCCAAAGAACGUUCUACCGAGGGUAUAGCUAUGGAGAUCGAUUACGCUUCCUGCAAGAGGCUGGGGUCCAGCUACAGAGCUCUGCCAAAGAGCUAUCAGCAACCCAAGUGCACAGGAAGAACGCCACUGUGCAGAGAGGUUUUGAAUGAUACCUGGGUGUCUUUUCCGUCGUGGUCGGAAGAUUCCACAUUCGUGAGCUCCAAGAAGACUCAAUAUGAGGAGCAUAUUUACAGAUGUGAAGAUGAGCGCUUUGAGCUGGACAUCGUGUUGGAAAAUAACCUGUCCACCAUACGAGCUCUGGAGACGGUGCAGAGGAGGCUUUCUCGCAUGUCAGCUGAGGAGCAGCUGCGAUUCAGACUGGACAACACCAUGGGGGGCUCCUCUGAGGUUAUUCACCGUAAAGCCAUUCAGAGGAUAUAUGGAGAAAAGGCUCCUGACAUCAUUGAUGGCCUCAAGAGAAACCCUGCUGUGUCGGUGCCCAUAGUUCUGAAAAGGUUAAAAAUGAAAGAGGAAGAGUGGAAAGAAGCCCAGAGAGGGUUCAACAAAAUCUGGCGGGAACAGAAUGAGAAGUAUUAUCUGAAGUCACUUGACCAUCAAGGCAUAAACUUCAAGCAGAACGACACCAAAGUACUACGCUCCAAGUCUUUACUUAAUGAAAUUGAGAUGUUAUAUGAAGAUCGCCAGGAGCGAGCCUCAGAGGAAACUGCCACGCCGCCACCGAGCGGCCCUCACAUCACUCUGACCUACGAUGACAGCCAGAUCUUGGAGGACGCUGCCGCCCUCAUCAUCCAUCAUGUCAAACGUCAAGUGGGCAUUCAGAAAGAAGACAAGUUCAAGAUCAAACAGAUAAUCCACCAUUUUAUCCCCGACCUCCUGUUUGCACGACGUGGCGAGCUCUCCGACCUGGAGGAGGAGGAUGAAGAGGAGGAGGAGGAAGAAAUGGAGACAAAUCAAGACACUCCCAAGAAGCACAACGGUCUCCCUGGCCGCAGUCCUUCCAAGUCCAAGCUCUUGUUCACCAACACGGCAGCUCAAAAACUGAAGGCCACAGAUGAUGCUUAUAACCUGUUCUUUGUGAACAACUACUGGUACGUCUUCUUCCGCCUUCAUCACAUCCUCUGCUCUCGGCUGCUGCGCAUCUAUGGGCAGGCUGAGAAGCAGAUCGAAGAGGACAACAAAGAGAGGGAGUGGGAAAGGGAGGUGCUGGGCCUGAAAAGAGACAAGAAUGAAAAUCCAGCCGUCCAGCUGAAGAUGAAGGAGCCAAUGGAUGUUGAUGUUGAAGACUACUAUUCUGUGUUUCUGGAAAUGGUGCGAAAUCUUUUGGACGGGAACAUGGAGCCGGCUCAGUACGAGGACUCCCUGAGGGAGAUGUUUACCAUCCACGCCUACAUUGCCUUCACCAUGGACAAACUGAUCCAGAACAUUGUCCGGCAGCUCCAGCACCUUGUUACUGAUGACAUCUGUGUGCGUGUAACUGACAUGUAUCUGAGUGAAAGUGCCAAAAAAGCCACAGGGGGAACCAUUUCCACACAGACGUCCAGAGCCACCGCAGAGGGGGCCUACCAGCGAAAGGCAGAGCAGCUUAUGUCUGAUGAGAAUAGCUUCAAGUUGAUGUUCAUGAAGAACCGAGGGACUGUGAGUCUGGGAAUAGAGCUGCUGGAUACAGAAGAGGAGAACUCUGAUGAGCCGGCAGAUGCAGAAAAAUGGUCAGACUACGUGAGCAGAUACCUGAACUCAGACUCUGCGUCCCCGGAGCUACGUGAGCAUUUGGCCCAGAAACCAGUUUUCCUGCCCAGGAAUUUGAGGCGGAUACGGAAAUGCCAGAGAGGAUGGGAGCAGCUGCAGCAGGAACGGAUCACUAAAGGCGCCUCAGAUAAAUCUCAGGAUGGCAGCAGUGAGCUGAAGAUGCAGUGCAUGUUCAAACUGAACUCCUACAAGAUGGUUUACGUCUGCAAGUCAGAGGACUACAUGUACAGACACACCGCACUCUCUAGAGCUCACCAGUCCCAUCAGCGGGUGAACACACGUCUGCACGGACGCUUUCAGACCUGGCUGGACACCUGGGCCCAGAAACACGUGACUAGUGAAAUGGCAGCCAGCACUCACGAGUGGCUGAUGGGUGAUGCAAAAGAGGGACUGUUGUCCUGCACCACCACCUGCAGCCCUGAGAUCCUCCACUAUCUCAAAAUCAACAAGUACUGGGUGCAGUACAGGACACUAUAGUUAAACUGUUUGUUUUAAGCAACUUCACACAACAAACUGCCACCGAUGAAUUUUCCAACCUUCCACAACUGGACUCUGCUGCUACGAGCUAUUAGUUGUAUUUUGUUUUUGUUUUCCAGGUCAAUAUUUUUGCUUUAAAACCUUCCACAGAUAUAUUUUAAAAAACGGCACCCAUCAGGGUAACCAAACGUUUUGUAAACAUAAAGGAAGCGGCUCCAACUCGCUGAUUUCCACCACCAAAGCUGAACAAACAGCUGAAGGAUUGAAAAACAUUAAUUUUUUGGGAAAUCCCAGUUACCUCUGUUAAGAUAUCUCUGCUUGGACUUCAGCUGUAAACCUCCUUUAGACUGUGAACGUUUUCAGUCGGUGGUCGAGGUGGAAUGAUGCUCUAUACGUCCAUAAAAAAAAAAAAACAGACUCAACAUUUCUGGUACCUGCGCUACUAGAUGCUUGACAUUGAAACAAUGUGUCAAGAACAGUAAUUUAUAAUUGCCUGAGAUGUUUUUGUAAAUAUUUUGUUUAUAAUUAGAUUUUUUUUUUUUUUAUCGGUUGUCAUUGCUGUGUAGCAAACGAUAAUACAUAUAUCUAUAUAUAGUGUCAUCAGUUAGCCAGAAGAUGCAAAGACUUUUGUCAAGAGAAGGCAACUUUUACUGUUUACUUUUUCUUUUUAACCAAAAAAAGUUAUCUAAUUAUCUUUUUAUUUUUUAUUUUAAUCUGCUCAUUGUUUUCCCAAAGUCAUUACUUAGUAAAAAAAACAAACUAAAAAAAAACCCAGCUCAUUUAUGAAAUAAUUGGGUCCCUUUUAUGUGCAUUUCUAUGGUCCGUUUUUAGGAAAACUCACAGUUUUAAGAUGAUUGAAUGUAGCUGAGCAGCCGUUUGUCCUCCUUUAUAAAUGCACCGUGUGGCUGCUUUUAGAUUGAACAGCACUUCAAACUUCCUCCUGUAUUGAACUUUGCUAAAUAUUUCCAAUCUGCAGGAGUUUUUAGCGAAAUUUCAACUUAUCACAGUAAAACUGGACACAAGAUUAUCUUUAAUAAUCUGUCGACGAUAAAAGUAUUUGGGUAAAUAUCAGCAGUGGGAAUUCUCUGCAGAUAAAAAAAACGAGCAAUAAUUUCUUAAGUCGUGGAUUAUUAAAGUCAAUUUGUAUUUCUUGCUGGAAUAUAUAAAUGUGGAUGUUGAAAACCCAUGAGGGCGUGUAAGCUAAGACUUUAUAUUGCCCUUAUUUCAUUUUGCCUUUUAAUAGAUUUGAAAUGUCCUCUUUUGAUAUUUUAGAUGAGAUUAGAUUUAAAAGAGGAGUUCUUAAUAUUUAAUGUUGGAAUGUGGGUCACACACAUUAAACCUGAACAUGUAAGCAGCAGAAUAUCAUUUCAUUUUACUUGACAUGUUGCAUGGACAGACACAGGGGGGGGCUUUUACCACAAACAGGCAUCACUUCUGAGACGAAAAGGAAACUUCCAGACAAACACCAAAACUCUGUUUUCUUGGAGGUCCACUAAAGGCAGCGGUCAGUAAAGUAUCCAGCUGCAGACAAUCUCAGAAUAGUUUAAUACUUGGGUCUUUAUUUUUGUAUUUGCCGUGUUUGUUACAGAAUAAAGCAGGAAGUCCCAGAGGAGCCGAUUGUAAAUAUACAGAGAUUGUUUGUUCCUCGAUUAAUGUGUCACUUCUCUUGACUUUUAUGAUGUUGUAUAUGAGUGUUAGUUUGGUGUUUGGCAUUAAAAUAUCCUUUGAGUAGACUGAAA